GAAGAAAGAAACUAAGAAACUAGCUAGAGAGAGAGAGAGGGGAAAAAAGAAAGAAAGCCAUCAAUAUAUAUUUAGUGGGGAAGAAUGGUGGGAGAAACAGUAGAAAAGAAACUCUACAAUGCUGCAUCAAAUGGGGAUCUAACAACACUUGAACAACUGCUUCAAGAAGAUCCAUAUCUUGUUCAUGAAGCCCCAUUUGCCUAUUCAAGAAAUCUUCUACACGUAGCAGCAAUGCAUGGCCAAGCAGCCAUCGUUGAAAAGGUAUUGAAGAUGAAUCCACGGCUAGCUACGAGUUUAGACUCGAAAAAUUCGUCAUCUCAUCACAUUGCAACUGCAGAAGGGAGCCUUGAGAUAGUGAAAAAGUUGUUAUCAGUAGCCCCGGAGGUGUGCUGGUGGCGAGACUGUCAUGAUAUGAACCCGAUUCAUAUUGCAGCCAUCAAUGGGCAUGUCCACAUCUUGGAGGAGCUGCUUCAAGAGAGUCCUUUGCCUGCUAUAUAUGGAGAGACUGCAUCGCGGGCAGACUGUGUUUCACCUGUGUGUGAAAUACGGUCAGCUUACGACAUUGAAGGUUUUGGUGGAGAAAUUGGGAGAGCUUGUGCGUGCAAAGGAUGAUGAUGGGGAGACACUCUUGCAUUUGGCUGCAAGGUCCAAUCAGCUUGAGAUUGUAAAAUACUUGGUGGAAUACAAAAUAACGACGACGCAAACAGCGAAUUCCAUGGGCAAGAUAGAGCUGAAAAUCUUGAAUGAGAAAGAGAGCCCUCGAGACACAAGUAGAUAUUCAGAAAUCAAAAACAUGUUGAAAAAAUUGCCAGAUCCAUCAGAGAUGUUACCCGCCCGGAUGGGCGAAUCCGUUUUGGUGGCCCUAGUCCUGAUAGCCACCAUGGCAUUCCAGGCGGGUAUCGCCCCCCCGAGCGGCGUAUCGGAUGCCGGCGAAGCCAUCUUGGCAUCUACCGAUCGCGUAUUGUACAAUGUGUUCGUGUUUUUUAACACCAUAGCUUUCAUAGUAUCUCUCGUCACAGUCAUGCUUAUCAUGACCGGACUGCCAUCCCGAAGCUUUCGUUUCGAGUUCGAGGGUCUGCCGUCUGGUAUGAGAGAAUAG